CUGUGGGCAGGUACAGUAUAAUCCCCUUAUGAUGAUCAGAUCUAUAUAAGAGUUGAAGCGUAUGUUUAUUGACAGAGAGCAGUAUUCUGACCACCUCAGCAUUAUACAGACACAGAGAAAUCCAGACAAGCAGAUCAAUACAUCAAAUCUAAUCAGUGUCCAGGACCUGCUAUUGGCUUCCUCAAGCUCUUGAGCAAAUCAGCAUUCUAUGGAGUCCUUAAAGCCUAAAGCGAACAGCAAGGUUGCCUCACGGGCCACAGCGCCCAGCAGUCCCCGUAAGGGCCCGCCCAAGUUCAAACAGAGGUCAACACGGCAGUUCAAGAGCAAACCCCCCAAGAGAGGUGUCAUUGGAUUUGGCGAAGAAAUUCCUGGAAUGGAGGGCUUGGGAACUGACUUUAAUGUGAUCUGCCCAUGGGAAGCAUUUAGUCACCUGGAGUUGCAUGAACUUGCCCAGUACGGCAUCAUAUGAGGUCACUUCCUCGUUCCACACCUCCCACUACACACAUCGACUGCAGAUUAUCUUUGGAUCAUCAGCAUCUGAUAGAUGACAACAUCCCGCACCUUAAUAUGUCAUUUAAUUAUUAAUGUAUACACACAAUGUCUUCAAUUUAUCUUUGGUAGAAGUUUGGUUAGUACUCUUCAAAUAAUGAUUCAAAAUGUACAACUAGAUCUGUCACCACUUUCAAAGGGCUAGUUCACUCAAAAGUGAAAAUUUAGACUUUAAUAACUCACCCACAUGUCGUUUCAAACCUGAAUGAAAGAAUAGGUUCAGAACAACAUGAGGGUAAAUGAUGAUAGAAUUUUCAUUUUUGUGUAAACUAUCCUUUUAAAUUUCCAUAAUUAUUUCUUACUUUUUUAUUGUUUCUUAAUUAUUAUGAGUAUUAGCAUUGUCAUAUUGACAUGUAAUAGGUAUUUUAGGUGCCACUUCUUGCUUUUUUCAAGCUUUUAUUUACAUGUUACACUGCAAACAUUAAUGUACAAUGUGUAGCAGUAGUUGAACUGUAGACUCUUUUUUUAUGAUGGAUGUUUAUGUUUUCAUUUUGUCAAGCUGCCAAGUUGUGUCUUGUACAAAGUUUGUUUGGGUGCUGUGGGGUCUCAGCAUCUGCUCAUGGAGCAAUUACUGGGAGCAGCUCUCUGCGAGAAUUUGGCCCGGUUUAUUGGCCUUAUGAUGCUGGAGAACUGUACAAGAUUGAGUCGAUACACAAGACCCGAUCCGACUCAAUUCCCAGCAGAACAGAAAGGGUUUGAAUAUAAAAUAAAGCUUGAUGA